GUCAUUCAUCACCAACUAAAAAAUGAUGAGUAACAAUAACAUGGCUUCCUUGAGCUUCCUAGUGUUGCUCCUUGCAGCACUGACACUGAGUCUAUCCCCUCAAGGGCUUGCUGACUAUGCCAAGCCCCCAGUCAAGAAACCACCUAUUCACAAGAAACCUCCACCUGUUCACAAGCCCCCAUAUGGAAAACCACCUUUGCAUGAAUCUCAAUAUGAGAAACCACCACUUGAGAAGCCACCACAUGAGAAACCACCAGUUGAGAAACCGCCACAUGAGAAGCCACCAUUUGAGAAGCCACCACAUGAAAAACCACCAUAUGGGAAACCACCUGUGCAUGAGGCUCAAUACGACAAGCCACCAUAUGAGAAGCCACCACAUGAGAAACCACCAUUUGAGGAGCCACCUCAUGAGAAACCACCACAUGAUAAGCCACCACAUGAAGAGCCGCCAUUUGAGAAGCCACCACAUGAAAAACCACCGUAUGGUAAACCACCUAUGCAUGAGACUCAAUAUGAUAAGCCACCACAUGAGAAACCACCACAUGGGAAGCCACCACAUGAGAAACCACCACAUGAGAAGCCACCAUUUGAGAAACCACCAUAUGGUAAGCCACCUCACCCAAAGUACCCUCCAACAGAUGAUACUCGUUUCUGAUUCUGAAGUAUGUUAAGAGGUGUAUUAAGUAUGUGUUCAAUAAGAGGUGUAGCUACUAUCAUUUUGAUGCACUGGAUGCAUAUACUUUACAAAUUCUGGUAGCCGUUACUCUUUGGCUCCUUUGUUUUGUUUAUAUAUCGUGGAUGUGUGAAUGUAAACCCAAAAAAAAAAAAAAA